UACAUCCUACAGUUUUCUUAGCAUUUCGUCUUUCCUUCAGCAUUGAUUCUUUCCUCGUAUGUUGGUUUCAUUGGCUCUUGAUUUUACGCAUUCGUGGUGACGUAAAUACUAUCAUCCUUUCGGGAGGGGAAGCGGAGGCAUUAAUCUUUACAGUCUCAGUACGAGCUCGGACCUGAGAGAGAAUUCGCACCGUGAACAAAGUCUCCGACUUUAAUAAGGAUAUGAUUUAAAAUACUUGUAACAGCUGAGGACGCUAAGCGUGGAGGGAAAGGCGUAAAAAGUUGUUCCUGAUUCUCUGUGGUGGACAUUACCAUCAUCGGUAUAAUCAGCUUCAUCAUCUUCAUCAUCGUCAUUAUCACUAUUAUUGUUGUUGUUAUUAUUAUUAUCUCCGAAAAAUGGUUCGUCCUUCCGUUUUGCUUAUGUGCGUUUUUACCAUCACCUGCGUAAAAGCAGUCCACAGCCAGGAGGAAGAGAAGAUGCGCUUUUUGUGCACCGUGAUCCAAGUUGAUAAAGACCCUAGUUGUGGUGUUCAGAAGGAAUUUGUUCAUAGUGUUCAGGGUGAAAGUUUGAAGAAGACGGUGAUGCAGCUCCGGGAGACUGUUGUCCAGCAACAAGAAGCAAUAACCCAUCAAAUGGGUGCCAUCAAAGAGCUCACAUCCAAACUGUCUCAAUGUGAGAGCAACUCGGAGGAGUCUUCAUCAUGGAAGAACAGUAAAGACACCAUGGAUGAUGUCCCGAGAGAUCCAAAUGAAACUCUGGAUGCACUGGGUAAGACCAUGCAGAGUCUGAAGGACAGGCUUCAAAACCUGGAGCAACAGCAGUUGCGAGCCAGACUCUCUGGAGCUCCAUUUCCCAGUGAACUGCGAGACAUGCUGCAGCAUAGGCUGGAUGAUCUAGAGAGCCAGCUCCUGAGCAAAGUCAAUGAGUUGGAGGAAGAGAAGUCACAGCUGUACAACGAGACAUCUGUUCAUCGGCAGCAAACAGAAAAUACCCUUAACACUCUCAUUAAUAGAAUCUCUGACCUGGAGAGAGCAGGUACAGGAUUCAAGUCCCCUGAGGAUUUUAAACUCUCCCUACCACUGCGCACAAACUACCUUUUUGGUAGAGUGAAAAAGAGCCUGCCAGAAAUGUAUGCCUUUACAGUGUGCAUGUGGCUCAAGUCCAGCUCCAGUCCUGGCAUUGGGACCCCUUUUUCUUAUGGUGUCCCCGGGCAAGCAAACGAGAUUGUGCUGAUUGAAUGGGGCAACAAUCCAAUAGAGCUACUCAUCAAUGACAAGGUGGCACAGUUACCGUUGUCUCUGAAUGAUGGAAGAUGGCACCACAUCUGCAUUACCUGGACUACCAGAGAUGGUUUGUGGGAGACUUACCAGAAUGGCCAGAAAGUGGGAUCAGGGGAGAACCUGGCUCCAUGGCACCCAAUCAAACCUGAUGGAGUCCUCAUUCUGGGUCAGGAACAGGACAUGGUCGGGGGACGUUUUGAUGCCACGCAGGCUUUCGUCGGGGAGCUGGGUCACUUCAAUAUGUGGGAUCGGGUUCUCAGAUCUGUAGACAUCAGCGCCAUGGCCAACUGCUCCUCAUAUAUGCCUGGGAAUGUGGUGGCCUGGGCUGACAGUAAUAUUGAGGUGUUUGGUGGUGCCUCUAAAGGGCCACUUGAAUUAUGUGAAGACAGAAUUAUUAACAAUUAAAAGCUCCAACUGUGGCCCAAAUCCUUGUCCUUGUACUUAUUGAUUUUGUGUCAUAUUUUAUCUUAAAUAAUUGUUUUGUAUUUUAUGUUACAGAAUAUGUAUGCGUGCUUUGGUAAGCUAUAUUAUUCAUUAUUAUUGUGUAUUAUUUAUGUGGGUUCACUAAUUAUCUGUCUGGAUUUUAUGUUCAACUGUAGUUGUAAAUAUUGAUGCUUUACUAAUAGACUUCUAUUAGAUAGACAGGGAAGGAAAGAUUUAUUAUUUAGGACUUCUUACCUUUUAAAUUAACUCAUAUGAGUCAUGAAUGAGUCCUGUAAACCCAUUAUACAAUGGAAACAGUAUUUUAGCUUUCAGUUUGUUUUAUCCAGACACAAAUACUAUCAUAAAUCAGCACAGCCAAAAUGAUUGAUUCUUGUUGUAUACAUUUUUUGUGACAUUUUUCGUAAAAAGUAGUGCAUCCAAAAUUACUGGUAAAAUGAAACUCAUAUUUAAAGGGAAUCUUGUGUUUAAUGUUCAUGUUUGGCUCUGUAGCUUUGUGUUUGUACAAUGAUGAAUUGUUCACUUGCAUUUUAUGAAAGACCUUUGCUGCAAAAUAUUGUGCCAAUGCUUACAGUAUAUUGUUGUUUACAAAUGAGAGAAUAUACGGACAUU